AUGGCGGCUUUACUUGGCCGUAUAGCUUCCUUUUUCGCAAGAGGAAAAGACACCCACGAUCAUAUACAGCGCAGUUCACUCGAGCAGCUGCCGACCGAGCUGAUCUUGCUAAUACGCUCACACUUAUCUCCCAUGGACACUGCCUGCUUGACCUUGUGCUCACAUGUCUUAUUGCUCAAGAUCGGAACCGACUCGCUUCUAUUCGCAAACAAUAGUGAGCAAGACGGCAAGAACCGAGAGGACAUCCUCACCAGGAUUUCACUGGACACUCCUUCAUACUAUUUCUGCCAUGUCUGCUACAAACUUCAUCUAUGGAAGGCUGUGUGUAUGCCGCAGGCAGGAUAUCCACGUGCCUUACUGUGCUUACUUCGCGACGAUCAUGGUUGUUUGGCAUCGAUCAUGAACACGAAUGUGACAGAGGUUACCACCUAUUUUUUCCAAUUCGUUCAUCUGCAGCUCGCAAUGAGAAGAUAUCAAUAUGGUCCCAGUUAUGGCAUCUCAACCGAGCUUUUGUCCCACGUGGAGGUAAUGCAUGCAGAGCCCGACGGUGUCACGACCCUGUUGUCUGUCGAAGCCCAAGUCUGUCCAGGGCAGGAGAAUGGGAAAGGCUCACUACUGCUGCGGGUCCAACAGUGGGCGAAGAUACCGGCUUCUUGUCCUGAUAUCGUUUCAUUGGCUGACUUGGUCUAUAUGGAAAUCUGCGAUCAUAUCCAUCUCAAAAAUGCUUGUAAAGAAUUUGCCCAUUCGUCCAAGGCAGAGAAAAUAAAUACCAUGUCACCGAUGUAUCAGUGCCACCGCUGUCUUGUUGAUUUCCAGUUUCAGAUUCAGGAUAUAGAGACUCGGGGUGAUGGAAGAGCGCGGGUGCUGAUCGUGACCAAAUGGCUCGACCUGGGCGAUGGGCUGGAUCCCAAGGACCCUCAAUGGGUAGCUCAGGUCCAUCAGUACCCUAAGGUGCAACUCCCCCAUCGGGAUAUUGGAUCUGUGUGUUCGAGAUUCGAGAGCAACUUUGGUUCGUCACAGCAGGAGUUGACACACCAAAACAGACGUUUGAUGAGCAAAGAAGGAUUUCGGGAUGUCUUGCGGCGACACGGCACAGGGAGAUGGUUUGGGCGUCCAAGAUCGUAA